UUUCUUUGACGCCACAAAAAUGAAAGUUAAUAAUCUUUCUUGAUUUCUACGAUUUCAAACUUCCGUGGUCACGGUUUUACCCAAAGAACCAAAAUUUGGUACCAAAACGAAACGAAAAAUCCAAAACCCUCGAGCAAGUUUCACAAAAUCGGAUUGUCCUGCUGCGUGUGGAGCAUUUCAGAAGAUGUUGAUGUUUUAGCCGAUUUUGAGAUUAACCCGGUUCCUAAUUUGGGUCGACUUUGCAAAAUCUUUGGGGUGGUGUUUUUGAUCAUGGGUUGGAAGUACAACGCCGGUUUGGGGUUGAUUGGCACGGUUGUGUUCAUCUGGGUCGCUUCUGCAGAGGUUACUCAGUGUGCCUGCUGUCUUGCAACCGAGUUUGAAUCUCCGCUCCGUUGGCUAGAUUAGUUUAGAAUGUCGCCUUAUUAGUCCUCACUAUUCCGUUCUGUAUUUCUUUGCGGACAAAUGAGAUGGACGGUAGGUAUGUUGAGCCAAUCACGGACGUGCGCUAUGACUCUCCCAAGUGGCAGUGUGUGAUUGAAUUGAGAUACCGCUACAACGGCAUCCUCGUGUUCUUUCCCUUUUUUAUUGGGGUGAUGUUUCUUUGAGGAUUUGUUUUGGUUAGAGAAGAUUCUGUUUUAGUUUCUCUCUUAUUUUCGUCGAAACAAAUGGAGGCUUAGUUACAUUAUCAUGAGAAUUUUCAGCAAGUACAAACAGCCAUUUUCGCUCACUUAUCUCGGUGUGUCUCUAAUGGUGGUUUAUCUGCCCAUAUCAGCUUUGAAAGAUUGGCUCUGCAACUUAUUGGACCGAAAUUUAGUUAAGAACUUUUGCAAUGUCAGUGCUCUGUGCACCUCAGUCGGGCUUGAUAUUCCUCUUAGAAUAAAUGAAAUGCCCCACGUUCCAGAAACAGAUGUUAGAAGCUGCUUAAUAACUGACAAAGAUCUUAGUAACACGGAAGAAGGGCGACCUCUAAUGGAUAAGAGUGAAGAAGAUGAACCUCGCAUGCUUGAACACAGUCGUCAACUUAGUCCAUGCGAAAUUGCAAAAUUUGGCUUGAUUCUUACUCCGUUGUGGUUUAUCACAGAGUAUCUGUCGAACUCUGCACUGGCAAAUACCAGUGUUGCAAGUACAACUGUCCUAACUUCUACAUCGGGGCUCUUUACACUUUUCUUUGGAGCUCUUCUGCAUCAGGAUUCCAUAACUAUUGCAAAGAUGGUUGCUGUUUGUGUCACCAUGGCUGGUGUUGCCAUGACCACUGUUGGAAAAACUUGGGCACCUGAUGAACUGCUGAGCAUAUCUGAGAUUAGAAAGCACUCUAUAAUGGGAGAUAUUUUUGGUCUUCUCUCAGCUGCGUCAUAUGGAUUGUUUACAGUGUUACUCAAGAAAUUUGCUGGAUCAGAGGAGAAAGGAGAUAAGGCUGAUGUGCAGAAGCUUUUCGGAUACAUUGGUCUCUUCACUGUGUUUGGUCUGUGGUGGCUCGUGUGGCCGCUCAAUGCCAUCGGGAUUGAACCUUCAUUUGAGUUUCCACAUUCAAAAUGUAUUGCCGAAGCUGUGCUGAUAAAUGGCUUUGUUGGGAGUGUUCUUUCGGAUUAUUUUUGGGCUCUUUCCGUGGUUUGGACAUCUCCAUUAGUUGCAACGCUGGGCAUGUCCUUGACAAUUCCACUUGCAAUGGUAGCCGACAUGGUGAUUCACGGCCGCCAUUUUUCUGCACUCUACAUCUUUGGUUGCGUUCAGGUUUUUGCAGGAUUUGUGAUGGCAAACGUUUCGGACAGGUUCUCGAGCAAGCAAGAGUUGCAGUAGUGAUGCAUAACAAUCUCAAUCAAGUUGUAGUUUGUAUGUUUAAUGAAUACGUCUAUCACGUUUGUAAAGAUAUACGGGAAAGAUCAGACAUUGUAUAAAACAUACAAACUUGUAUGAAUCUCUCUCUCUCUCUCUCU